UAAACAACUCGAAUACGAAGAUAAGAAUUUACGUAGACAAGACGUUCGACUAGCAUGAGGGUUCGAGCAGUUUUGAUUUUGGUUCUCCUCAUCGCGCAGACACUUCCGGUUGCUCGCUCGCAAACUUCUGCAAUACGAACUCUUCUGGCUGCCUCAACCUUGUCUUACGUGGCGUCCUCUGCCGCUGGCGUCACACAAUUGUCGGCUCCAGAGCUGCUCGCACUUUUACUCGCCACGGCAGUUAUUUUACAGCCAAGCAGCAGCACGCCCAUUUGUGACUCCUACCCGACCUACACAUAUGACGCCACAUUACAGCUAUGUUAUCGAACUGUGAAAGAGCCCCGCCUUAGCGUCACGGAUGCGGACGCCGCGUGCAAAGCUGAUGGUCCCAACGCUCAGCUGAUUCAAAUCACCAACCUGUCAAUCUACAAUUUUGUAGUCAAUCAAAUUGUUCAGAACGGCAUCAGCAACAUGUACUUCCAGGGGAAGAGGGCUAGUUCCUCAGAUCCCUUCCUGUACGAUGACGGCACCCCCGUGACCUAUUUUAACUGGGACACCGGGGAACCAGGCUCCAACCUCUACCUCCGAACUGAUACCUCCUCGCGGUUGAUGGAGGUCUCUUCUGGAAGUUCGUCACGAUCCUAUAUAUGUGCUGUGUAUCCUUAAAAAAUGUACACAAAAUCAUAUCAAAAGUACAAAUGAAUAUCUAAACC